GUAGUUAACCAGCACGCCACGGGCCGCGCCCCCGCAGGGGAAUAUUCCCGCAAGAUGACUUUAGGUGACCAUACGCACUCGGCCGUGCCGCCGCAGUCGACUGGCGCAAGCACGCACUCUUGCAGAGUUCCGCAUUCGGGUCGCACUCGCGUACGACAUCCCGUAUGAGCCACCCUUCGCCUGGCGGAUGCAUCCGUAGACGGCUCAUCUACUGCUGGCUGGUGUAAUUUUGCCAGUUGUCUGUUUUGCUGCGAGUGCUCGCCACGCAAUUUUGUUUUCUAUUCCUCAACAUUUAGAACUUUAGUAUGGCUUUCUCAGCAGCCCAGAGGGACUCCAUCGCCGAGAUUGUGGCUGCCAGCGUUGCAGCAGCACUUGGCAACAGCCCGCCGGCCGGACACCACGCGGCUGACUCCGAGACUGGAGCAAACGCCGGGACCAGCCGCCGAACCAACCCCCAAGAGAUUCCGGGUAGAUGACGACGGGGCACUGGCAGUCUGCGCCGCUCCAAAACGGAAAAUUGAAAACUUGGCCACGUGGAUCGAGGCGUGGUCCAUUUUCAGCCUGAUUGCCAUAGGCGAACAUCACCUAUGCGCCGAAGCCCUGAUGAUUCACCAACUCCGAAUCAUCCAGGCCGCCGGCAAGUACCGCUUCGCAGCAGUUGUAGAAUUCGACACCAGGGCGCGGCAGGCGCUGUCGAAAGAUUUGUCCCGGUCACUGGCAGACCUGGACACUGAGCUCUACACGACCUGCUUUACCGGGCAGGCACUCCCCUUUUGCAACAACUGCAAGAGGCUGGGGCACCUGACCGCCUCCUGCACAACGCAGCCCUUUCGGAGCAGGCCAAAGGAGCAAGGUGUCAGCUCCAGCGCAAAACCAAACGAGACCUGCCGCCGUUACAACUACGGCACCUGCGUCGGCUCGUGCAAGUUUCGCCACGCAUGCAUGUUUUGCUCGGGAGAGCACCCAGCUUCCGCCUGCCCAGCCAAGAAAUAGCGAUGCCGCGAAGGCAGCCCCGGCAGUAUCCUCUCUUAAUAGUCUUAUUUAUAAUAUUGCACCGCACACACCCAUCCACAUUGAUGUAUUGCACGAUGAAUUGCGCACGCACCCCGACCCCUCUUUUGUUCUUGCUUUGAUUAAUGACUUGCGUUUUGGCUUUCGCAUUGGUUUUACCGGGCCUCGUAAUGUUUCUGUUCAUAGUGCUAAUCUGUCCUCUGCAACAGCUCACCCCGAAGUCGUUGACCAAUAUCUCGCAACUGAAUGCCAGCGGGGCCAUACGGCCGGUCCCUUCACAGCUCCGCCAUUCGCCUGCCUCCGCACAUCAGGAGUCGGCGUGGUCCCGAAAAAAUCAGGCGGGCACCGGUUGAUCAUGCACCUCUCCGCCCCGCAGGGGAACAGCGUGAACACGUUCAUUGACCCUGACCAAUACCGCUUCAAACUGAUUACGAUCGACUGCAUUGCCGAUCAUGUUCGCAGAACAGGCCCCUGCGCACUGAUAACCAAGGUGGACCUGAAGCACGCGUUUCGGCUCUGUCCAGUACACCCCGACGACUGGCCACUGCUUGGCAUGCAAUGGAGAUCGAAGUAUUACUUCGACACAGUCUUGCCGUUCGGUCUGCGGUCCGCCCCUAGCUUGUUUAACCGCCUAGCAGACGCGCUUGAGUGGAUCCUACGCCACAAGUACAGCAUACCCGCACUCGAGCACUACCUCGACGACUUUGUUUCGGUAUCACCACCAGCCACUGUGGUGCCAUCGUCGACAGCCGCAGUCCACAAGGCCACGAUCCUUCAGGUGUUCGACAACCUGGGUGUCCCCACUGCAGUUGGCACCGACAAGGUGGUGGGUCCAUCCACGUGCGUCACCGUGUUGGGCAUCGAGAUUGACUCGGCCACCGGGGAACUCCGCCUUCCCACUGACAAGCUCCGCGCGCUGCAACAUCUGCUGCAGUCAUGGUCCACCCGCCACACCGCCUCACGGCGGGAACUCCAAUCUCUAGUGGGCCACCUGUCUUUCGCAGCAAAGGUUGUUCCAGCUGGACGCACCUUCACUAGACGGCUCAUUGAUGCAUGCACUUCCGCUCACAGCUCAUCGCCCAUCGUCCACCUGAGCAGCGAUGCCCUAGCCGAUAUCCGGUGGUGGCAGGAAUUCCUUCCCGUCUGGAACGGCAAAGCCCUUAUGCGCGACCCAGAGUGGUCUAGGUCACCGGACCUUGAGUUGUUCACGGACGCAUCCGGCCUAGGCUUCGGUGGCUUCUUUCAAGGUCGCUGGUUCGCCGGCGCAUGGUCCGCAACGCAACAGACGCCGCCAUACACCUCCAUCAUGUGGAGGGAGAUGUGGCCAAUCUCCCUCGCCUGCCAGCUGUGGGGACCGCUUUGGACGCAGAAGAAGAUCCUGCUCCACUGCGACAACGCUUCCGUGUGCGCUGCCUGGGAGUCGGGCACCUGCCGGCACCCAGGAGUCGUGGCGCUCAUACGCAGCACCCUCCAGACGGCCGCUCGCCACAACUUCUGUCUGCUUAUCCGCCACAUCGCCGGAGUGGACAACGGUAUCGCAGAUGCCCUAUCCCGCGCUCAGUUCCCACGGUUCCGCCUCUUGGCGCCCGGGGCCGACCUCAGUCCGUCGUCACUCGCAAACAUCCACGCCGCAGCGUGAGGAAGUCGCCAUCCAGGGUCCGCCGUUACCGAGAUUGGACGCUCUGCUCCUGAGACCACAGAACUUUGCUUCUGCCCCCGUGUUUUCUUUUGUUUCCUUUACUUUUUCCGCUGUGUAUCGCUGCUCGCACAGCCUACUGCCACGCCCCACCCGUUGCACCUCUGCACUAGUUGUUAAGCCCUCGCCGGGGUGUUACUGCCUAUCAUUUCUGCCUCAACCCUGUGUGCUUACGGAUUGUCAAGUCCUUUAGAAUCGCAUCCCUGUGUGCUUAUGGACCGAGUCAAGUCCUCUAGAUUUGCCGCCCGGUGUGCUUAGGGACUGAAUCAGGUCCCCUAGACGCCUGCACUUUCUUUGGGAGCAGUUCGGUCCCGCCGCUGCCUAGGGAGACCACCGCAAUAGACACAUCUAGAUGGGGAAUCAAAUAGGCAAGCCGCAAGCAAAAUCCGCACGCCUCAUGGCAGUAGGCCUCCGCCGGUCAGAGAGCCCCGUUACACCUAGGAUCAUGACUGCGCUCAUGGGGGUGGGUCGUACGAAGCAGGGUCACUCGCACUGACUGAAUUUCUUUGUCCUUUGUUGUGUUGAUUCCAGGCUCGCUGGCCGUUGCCGCAUGCAACCGCUCACAUGAUGGCUCGCCAGCCCAGAUCGCUCAUCUAUCCGCAGAAAAGCAACCUCCCGCAGGAGGGCCACCGCAGUCGCUUCCUCCGCAACGUACCGCUGGCCCCAGUCAGCACGCAGGGCUAGCUAUCGUGUUUCUCGCUCGCUUCCUAGCCGCUGUCUAGGGCAGGUGGUGAUGGAUGUGCGCAUGUUUGUGUAUAUGCUUGUGUUUAUGUGCGCGCAUGUGGGCAUGUGCGCUGCUAUACGCGGUCACUGGUGGAUGCAUGUGGCACGCUAUCUCUUCUCCUGUGUCCUCUCUGCCAGGCUCGCCAGCCGCCGCACUUUCCGCACGAGCCGAACAACUCAUAUCCAAUUCAGUGGCCGCAGCCACGCAACACACAUAUGCCCCGGGCUGGCACGCAUUCCGCAAGUUCAUGCAACAGAUUCACCGCGACCCGCUGUCACCGCGUCACGAUGACAUCCUGCUAUUUGCCGCUUCCAUGUCGCAUUCUGUCAGUGCCGGCACUUUGAAAGUAUACCUGGCCGCAGUCAGAUACAACCUCCUCUGCAGGGGAGGACCUGUCGAAGUCCUUCCAUCCAGCCGGCUCACCGCUCUGGUGAAAGGCCUGGAGAGAGAACGCGCAUCGCUCCCACGGCACGCAACUGCCCAGCCUCGGAGACAGGCUAUCACCGCCGCACAACUCAAGGCACUACAUCUUUUCCUGCAGCGUUCCGCUUAUAGCCCUGGCGACACGCUCAUGCUAUGGGCCGCAUUGACGACAGCAUUCCAUGGUCUGCUGCGAGUUAGCGAGUACACGUCCCCGUCGCCAGCAGGGUCGGGUACCCUGAAAACUCUCAGGCGCGCUCACCUCGUGCUCUCUCAGGCCACAGCCAGCUUACGGCUUCAACGCACGAAGACAUCGCAGCUGACAAGCGGUGGCGAGGUUGUGCUGCAUCGCCAUGCAGACCCGCAAAUAUGCCCCGUCCUGGCCCUCGAGGCAUACGUCAGAUCAUGCGCAUGGGGUAGUGACGAACAACCUCUCUUCAAGUUCGGCAAUGGACGAUGGCUCACGCCCAAUGACAUCAACGUAGUGUUGCGCAGGGUUCUGGGCCCCAGCUACAGUAGCCACUCCCUCCGUGCAGGUGGCGCAACGCACAUGGCGAACCAAGGUGCCCCGGAGUAUGCCUUGAUGGCAGCCGGGCGGUGGUCCAGCGGAGCUUACCGCACGUACGUUCGCAGGCCUGCAGGCAUGCCGCGGCGUUACUGAGCCACGGGUCGCAAGCACCGCACGCCCCCCUUUUCUUGGAGGCACGGGCUCGGCCGAUGGGCACGAAAUCCGCAUGGUGCACAUCCAUCGGCUGCCGCAGACAAUACAAUUAAUAUACUUGUGGGUACUACCGAGUACUUAGUGGUCAUGCAGUUGCCAUAGCAAUGUACUGGUACACCCAGCCUUUAUGAUUGUUACAUGACCCCAUGGGUCGUCUUUCAAACGCUCUUUCAUAGCCGAUAGAUGGCGUUAUUUGUUCCUAUCAUACUAUGUUACAGAUGGGCGGCCUUAGACGGCCCAGUCCGAUCAUUUCACGCGAACUAUGUUAUACGUCAUCAUGAUCACAAUAAUCAUGUCGUGCUCACGUUCAAUAUAAGCUUGCGACACCCCACUGGCUCAUCUCUUCUGUGGUGUGAGGGUUAAAUGUUGGUUUGCGUUGCGCAAACCGUAGUUAACCAGCACGCCACGGGCCGCGCCCCCGCAGGGGAAUAUUCCCGCAAGAUGACUUUAGGUGACCAUACGCACUCGGCCGUGCCGCCGCAGUCGACUGGCGCAAGCACGCACUCUUGCAGAGUUCCGCAUUCGGGUCGCACUCGCGUACGACAUCCCGUAUGAGCCACCCUUCGCCUGGCGGAUGCAUCCGUAGACGGCUCAUCUACUGCUGGCUGGUGUAAUUUUGCCAGUUGUCUGUUUUGCUGCGAGUGCUCGCCACGCAAUUUUGUUUCCCACCCGCCCACGCCUACCGGACGGAGGGGAGGCACGGGCUCGGCCGAUGGGCACGAAAUCCGCAUGGUGCACAUCCAUCGGCUGCCGCAGACAAUACAAUUAAUAUACUUGUGGGUACUACCGAGUACUUAGUGGUCAUGCAGUUGCCAUAGCAAUGUACUGGUACACCCAGCCUUUAUGAUUGUUACAUGACCCCAUGGGUCGUCUUUCAAACGCUCUUUCAUAGCCGAUAGAUGGCGUUAUUUGUUCCUAUCAUACUAUGUUACAGAUGGGCGGCCUUAGACGGCCCAGUCCGAUCAUUUCACGCGAACUAUGUUAUACGUCAUCAUGAUCACAAUAAUCAUGUCGUGCUCACGUUCAAUAUAAGCUUGCGACACCCCA